AUGUAUCUUGGUGGCGGCAGCGGUGACGGUAGCGAUGUUAACAGGAUUAGAAAAACAUCUCACAAAAAUAAAAGGUUAAAUGACGAGGAUAGCGACAACUAUCACCAUCAAACCAUCAAAUCGUCAAAGAAAGUCAAACGUUCUGGCACAUCGUCGUCAUCGUCUCAACGCAAAGGAAAAGGAAACAGUUUGGCUCGAGUGAUGGCAGAUCGUGGUCUUUUGAGAACUUCGUUCAAUGCUGAUAUAACGGCUGCUGAAAUCAAGUCGGUUAGAAUCCCACCUCCACCAUCUUUAUCAUUCGAUGAGCUAAUGCUUAGGAUAAAUCAACUUCAACUUGACACAUGUGUGCUCGAUAACACACAACCUUCGAUUACCUGGAAGGGACAUCCGUUACAGAUCGAGCAUCUUCCACACUAUAAUGUUUUACACCCUACCGAAUCACACGUAGUGUCAGUUUUACGUUUAACACCGAUUCAAUAUCUUACUGGCAAGCACACUUUAAUUUCAUCGGCCAGAAGGUACACAGAAAAGGAUCUACCAUUCAAAAAAUCCGAUGCUCAAAAAUUGCUCAGAAUCGAUGUCAACAAAGCAUCAAAACUUUGGGAUUUCUUUCAUCAGAUGAAUUGGAUUCAAUUAUAA